AUGGCGUGCAUCGCAAUCGAUAGAUUCUGUGCGACCCUAUUCCCUUACAAGAAAUACAUAGACCAACGCCGUUGUAACAUCAUGAUUGGCUUAUGUUGGUUUUUAGCCGUUCUCCUUCAGUCCCCCACUUUAUAUGCGAUGAAGAUCAGUGUGGCCGCGAACCAAACUUCCUGCAUAGAAGACUGGGAACCACUCUUUGACAAUGAGUCGUCGCUUAAAAUAUACACGGUUAUCCUUUUUGUCUCUAUGUAUCUGUUCCCUUUAUUGGUAAUCGCCAUUCUAUACACUGCUAUAAGUCAUUUCCUGUGGCGGCAUAAGACCCCGGGCAGUGGUCUGGCCAAGGCGCGAAAGGACAGAUCAAAAGCUGCCAAAGUUAUAAAAAUGCUGGUGAUAAUUGUCGUCGUUUUUGCGGCAUGUUGGUUGCUGAUAUUUGUGAUACAAUUCUUGCAGUUUUUUGCUGAGCCAAGAUGUGGAGUUUCGCCGUAUUUAUCUUUCACUGGUUUCUUUUUAUCUCACGCGAACUCGGCUGUUAACCCAGCAAUAUACUGGAUAUUUAAUGAUAAUUUUCGUGCUGGUUUCAAGCAAUUGUUGAGGUCUUGGUUUUGUCCUUCGUGA